GCUCUGUGCUGGCACGGGAUUGGUCCGUAAGUAGGUUAGUGGCGCACUGGUUAUUCAAGGCGAACGAGGAAAAGUAGGUCAGUUUAAAUACUGACGUCCUCCGCAGUGUGUUAAUGUGACCGUAAAUGUGCCUUUUCUGCCUUCGAUAUGUUUUGUGCCUGCCUGCAUGUGUUCGGAGGUAAAAGGUGACUCUGAGGACUGGAAUCUGGUUUUACGGACAAACGCUUCCUGAGAUGGUCUGAGAACAGCAGUCCUCAUGAAUCUUUGUGAUGAUCUCAUGGCAGACCAGAGAAUGGACAUCUCAUCUACGAUGAAUGAGUUCAUGUCUCCUAGCUCCGCUGAGCUCAUCAGUAGUUCUAUCAACACGUCCUCCAUGGACUUCACCCGCAAGAGGAAAGGCAGCUCCACAGACUACCAAGACAGUAUGGAUCUGGACAAGGACAAGCAAAUCGCAAGGGAAUGUAUUGAUCAACAUGGAAGGAUAAAGAAUGCCAGGGAGGCUCACAGUCAGAUUGAGAAACGACGCAGGGACAAAAUGAACAGCUUCAUUGACGAGCUGGCUUCACUAGUGCCUACUUGCAACGCCAUGUCGCGCAAACUGGACAAACUGACUGUAUUGCGCAUGGCUGUACAGCAUAUGAAAACAUUACGAGGCGUCUCAGAUGUCAGUCUUGUAACAGACAGAACUAAAGCUGCAAGUCUUCCAGCACAGAAAGGUGCUGCAAACCCUUACACUGAAGCUAACUACAAACCAGCCUUUCUGUCCGAUGAUGAACUGAAACACUUGAUACUAAAGGCUGCUGACGGUUUUCUGUUUGUGGUCGGCUGCGAUCGAGGAAAGAUUCUUUUCGUUUCUGAGUCUGUGUACAAAAUCCUGAACUACAGCCAAAACGACCUGAUUGGCCAGAGCUUGUUUGAUUAUUUGCAUCCUAAGGACAUUGCCAAAGUCAAGGAGCAGCUGUCGUCAUCUGACACGGUGCCAAGGGAGCGACUCAUCGAUGCCAAAACCGGACUGCCGGUAAAAACCGACAUCGCUCCUGGACCAUCCAGGCUGUGCUCCGGGGCUCGUCGCUCUUUCUUCUGCAGGAUGAAAAGUAACAGGCCUCUUAUCAAAAUGGAGGACAAGGACUUCAGCUCCAACUGCUCUAAGAAGAAAGCAGAACGCAAAAGCUUCUGCACCAUCCACAGCACUGGCUAUCUGAAGAGCUGGCCGCCCAUGCAGAAGGGCUUGGACGAGGAUAACGAGGCUGAUAACGAAGGCUGUAACCUGAGCUGCCUGGUGGCUAUCGGCCGCUUACAUUCCCACAUCGUCCCUCAGCCAACAAACGGAGACAUCCGUGUCAAACCAACCGAGUACGUCUCGCGCCACACCAUCGAUGGCAAGUUUGUCUUCGUUGACCAGAGAGCCACUGCCAUUCUCGCCUAUCUGCCCCAGGAGCUGCUGGGGACGUCUUUCUAUGAAUAUUUUCAUCAGGAUGACAUCGGACACCUUGCUGAAUGCCACAGACAUGUGCUGCAGAUGCGAGAGAAAAUCAACACUAACUGUUACAAGUUCAAAGUUAAAGACGGUUCUUUCAUCACUCUGAGAAGUCGAUGGUUUAGUUUCAUGAACCCUUGGACCAAGGAGGUUGAGUACAUCGUCGCCACCAACACAGUCGUGUCGACUGGUAGCAGUGAUGGAGCUGAUCCCAGCUAUCUUCAGCUCACUGCCUCCCCCCACAGCAUGGACAGUGUCCUCACAGCCGAUGGUUCUGGGAGACGGGCUUUGCAAACGGUGCCUGGCAUUCCAGGGGGCACAAGAGCUGGAGCUGGGAAGAUCGGCCGCAUAAUAGCUGAAGAGGUGAUGGAGAUCCAGAGGAUAAGAGGCUCAUCACCCUCUAGCUGUGGCUCCAGCCCACUGAACAUCAACAGCACACCCCCUCCAGACACAUCUUCACCUGGGGGCAAGAAGAUUCAGAAUGGUGGAACUCCAGACAUGUCUUCAGUGGGGAUGAUGUCAGGCCAAGACUCCAUAGGAUACCCGUACUCUAACAGCUCAAUUUUAAGUGAGAAUUCUCACAUCAGCAUCGGGGACAUCAUGGACGAGCCUGGCUCCAGUAGUCCCAGUAAUGAUGAGGCGGCCAUGGCUGUCAUCAUGAGUCUUCUGGAGGCAGACGCUGGACUCGGAGGACCCGUGGACUUCAGUGAUCUGCCAUGGCCUCUAUGAGAAGAGAAUUAUUCUCUCAGGUGAAGGAUUGGGAGAUGAGAACUCAGCUCUCCUUCUUCAACGUGUCCAUCAUCAGGCCCAGCGUUUUCCAAAAAGCCUCACAGACUAAUGUGUUAAUAAAGUACAGUCAUAACCAUUAUUCUGACAAACUUUUUUCAGAAAAACACUUCCCAGCGACACAAAUCUUUGUUCGAUAAUUUUGCCAGUAUACAGUGAGGAAUACUGGAAUCGUCCACUUUUGUCUAUGUGGCACAACCUUUGGUUUAUUUUAGCCACACUAACCUCCAGAAGUCUAACAUACACUCAAGCCACCACUUUAAUAGGAACACCUGUACAUCACAUGUUAGCAGCACAAUGUAUACAGUUGUGCAGGUCAAGUGCUUCAGUUGACAUUCAUGUCAAUGGAACAGGGAAAAAUGUUCUCGGUGACUUUGAACCUGCCAUGGUUCUUGGUGCCAGAUGGCCUUUUCACAGUCUAAAACAUCUAGCGACAGUUCUGCACAUGGAAACACCUUGUUGAUGACAGAGGUCAGAGGAGAAUGACCAAGGUUCAAGGAGAAGGUUCAAGAUAUCAGCAAGAUAACAACAGUCUCUUUACAACUAUGGUGAGCAGAAAAGCAUCUCAAUGUACAAACCGUGAAGCAGCUGGGGUAGAGCUCCAACCAGCCAAGAGCAAGAAUCAUCUUGAGUCCGUGCCCACUAUCACCUCUCAUUCCUGUUCUUGGCUGAAUGUAUCUAAAUAAUUGGCAAUUUGCAUGAAUUGAGCAUGAGUACAAUUGUUCCUAUUAAAGUGACCAGUGGGUGUAUGAUAUUUUACACACAAAUGUAUGUAUGUAUGUACGUAUGUAUAUUGUUUGAGCCGUGAUAUAUUUUUAAAAUAAAAAAUGAUAGACGUUGCAGAAAUAUGACAUCUUUAUGUUUAUCAUUCAGGCAACUCCAGAAUUGUUGCACUGCCUAAUAUUUUGAGAUGCAUGUUUUUAUCUGCUUUUGAAAUUUGUGGUAACAAUAUAUUUGCUGAAACUUC